AUGAGGCUGUACCUCCAAUCCUGCAUUCGCUUUUGGCCCCGGAAGAAGAAGAAUGGGACGGAGACCAUGGAUUCCUGGGUCUUGUGGUUCUUGCUCUUGCAAAGUGUACUCCAGUACCCACAGCCCGUGGGUGAUGGUUUCGAUGAGGUGACACGUCUGCGAAUGGAAGCGCGUGCCAAGCUCCAGGAAGAGGAGAAGAUGCGGCUGGAGCAGGAGUUGGAGCAGCUGGUCCUGACGCAGGGUGUCUGGGGCUGGGAAGACCUGCUCUGCUCUGCCUUGCAGCCCUGGCAACUCUGGCCUAUUGCUGGGCUCCUGCUUGUACCCUUGGCCCUGUGGAAUAUGUGGAGGAGAAGGAGCAUGGGGAGAGUGGUGCAUGAAGCAGAAAACAACGGUGAAAAUGAAGAGGACAUCAGAAAUGUGGGUGCAAACGAAGAAGGUGCUGGAAACCAAGACAUCGAUGUGGGAGAUGAAGGAGAAGAUGAAGACAGUGAUGUGAAUGAGGAGGACCACCAAGAUUAUGGCAAUGUGAGGCAACUUGCUGCAAAUGAAGAAGGAGAUGCCAGAAAUGAAUUUGAGCAUGAUCGGGAUGAUAACAUUGGAAGAAUGGUAAUGGAGCGCAUCCAGUGGCCAGUGCAGGACCUGCUGAGAGGAUGCCAGUGGACAAUUUACCUCAUGGAAUGUUUUGCAAUUUACUUUACACACGUCUUGUCUGACAGCUUCUACCCAGUCCUUCAAGAAGCCAUUGGGGUGGGCAGUGCAUUUGAAGGUUGGAGUCCCCGUGAGCAGGAUGUUGUGUACCAGGUGCUGGUACCCAUGGCUCCUCCCCGAGGGCACAGCUUCCACCUGGAGCUGGACACUGCAGGGCAGGAGCAAGUGAGGAAUUUCCGUGUGCGUGUGCAGCAGGAGUGCACCUGCAGCAGUGCACAGUGGGGUAAGAACAUGCUGUGCUUCCUGCACCACCCUGAGGAGGAGCUGAGCAGGAAUCAGGAUCCCAGCCUCCUUGACACGCUCUGCACCGACUCCUACCUCGACGUGCACAAAACUAGCCGCUGGUUCUACCAGCUGGUGAGAGCAGUCUGGCCGGCUUUGCUCCAGUCCCACAACUGGCAUUUAGUGCUGCUGCCCUCCAGACGCUCCUGCCAAUUCAAGGUGACCAACGGCAGAGAAAACUUCCGCAUUGAGAUGCUCUUUGGGGUGCAGCAGGGCGACUCAGACAUAUUUGUAAGCAGUGAGCCCAGAGGAGCCUAUACCUCAAGCACCAUCUGGCCAGAGAGCUACGCCGUGGCAGAGAUUAAGUUCUUUGAGUACAUCGCCAGGCAGGCCCCUCCUGACAGCUUGCACCUGAAAUGCCUGCAGUUCUUCACCCGUCUGCAGCUGGGCUUAGGUUUUUCCACCUAUACAAUGAAGACCAUUGUCAUGCACCUCCUGAGCAUCAUUCCCAUGUACCAGUGGCGCAGGAGACAUUUUGUGAGGCGACUGCUGGACAUCAGCGAGGAUCUUCGCACAUGUGUAGAAGUCAGAUGCCUCAAUCACUUCAUCGUGGGCAAUUGGGGGUUUCCUGAGGAGAUCAGAUUGCCUGCAGAGAUCCUAACGGCCAGCCCAUGCAAUCUCUUUCAUGACCUGGAGAUGGAUCCUGUUGCCCACUCCCAGGCCAUGAGUCAGUACGUGGAUCUGCACCAGCAGCUCUUAUGGAUCCUUAGCAAUGAGGAGUGA